AAAAUGAGACAAACAUCAAACAUGCAAACAUUUGCUUUUACUUUGGGAAACUAUGGUCAGUAUUUUUGCCGAUUUUCUGACUCAGGGACCAAACCAAUAACUGAAUCAUCGUCAAUUUGUUUGUCCAUUUUCUGCACUUCAAUGAUAGGCGAAAAAAGAAAUUGUCAGGUUAAUCGAUUAUCAAGCAAACUGUUAAUUGCAACCCUAAAAGGAAGCAGCCAUCUAUGAAAAACCGUUUGAGCUUUUUUUUUUUAAUCAAAAUCCUUGAUAUCCAGUUUAUGGGUCAUGCUCUAGUUUACUAUUAGUCCUCAAUAUUAACAAUUCAGCACACGAGUACUGUACAGUAUAUAUAUAUUUUUUCGGGUACAUUUGCCACCAUGACAGCGCAUUACGUCGUGUUUGCAGGAGUCCGAAGUGAAGUCAUCAUUGCUAAAUGUUUACCCAUUGAAAGACGUGCAGAUAGGCUGCUUGACAAGCACCCGAAAGGGAAAUAUAAGAUUUUGCGGAGUGACUUUGGCGUGAGUGCAGUUUUCCACGUUCCAGCUGUUGUCGACUUGCGCCCACCGUCGGAACCGUUCGACCAUUUGCGAAUUACAUCGGCUGCAGGGGCGCUCCGGCGUUGUUCGUUCGUCAACGGACAUAAAACUGCGGCGGCUAGAGGGAGGUGGGGGCGGUGUCGCCGGUUUGCCUCUGCCGAAUGUCGGCUUUUAUUCGUCGGGAGACGACAAGACAACCGUGAGCCAACACUUUCCCUUUAAAGCACAAACGACGCAGCGGGACAAGACGGGAUUUGAAAAAAAAGGAAAAGAAGAAAGACGGCAAGGGAGGGAGGGCGAGAGGGAGGGUGAGGGGGAAAAAAAGAGAAAGAUGACAUCCCGGCCAUUCAAACACCGAGGCGAAGCCUGGAACGGCGGCCGACCGGCAGGAUCCUAGUCGGGGAGGAGCGCUACGCGAGGCCGAGGCUUGCAUCCCGCGAGAAGGCCUCUCCUGCAGCUAUCGCUAAUAAAUGUUUGCCAGCGUUUCCAUUAUUUGGUUGCGGGAAAAUAGUCCACAAGGAAGAGGAACUGCGAUUUCGGCAAACGCCGUCCAGCGGUGUGCAGUUGUUUUGACAAUUUGUCAUUUUUGAGUGACUGAACAGCAAGCGAGCGUUUAUUGGUUUGUUACCCGGCCGAGGGAGCCUCCGGGCGGCCUGCAGCUUGCUGACUGCAGCAUGGACACUUCGUGGAGCAAUUUCCUCUUUCAGACGCCGUCGACUCCGGGCCAGCAGGAGGCGCCCCUGCAGGCAGAGCUCCUGCCUGAGCUGAGCGGCUCGGCCCAAAGUCCAUUGGCCGAGCACCUGGUGGCGCCACCUUCCACCGUGGACACGGCCGCCCUCAGUGAGGAGCCGCUACCCGUGAAAGUGUCUCCGCCCAAAGCACCGCGCCCCGCCCACAUCUGCUCCACAUGCAACAAGGAGUUCAAGAACAGCUACAACCUGCGGCGCCACCAAUCGGUGCACACGGGCAUCAAGAUGAAGGACCGCGCCGCCCGCGACAAGGACGAGGCCGGCGGCAUCGCCAAGGCGCUCCCCAAGCAGAGUAUACCCCUCUCUCUCCUCCAGCUCACUCUGCCGUCGGAGCCCGCCACUCCUGACGCCCCGGACCCCCGGCCCGGCCAGCAGGUGACGGUGUCCGUCGCCCCGGUGACCGUCGCUAUGGCGAUGCAGCCGCCUCCACAGCCCGUCCCGUCAGCGGCACUGGUGGUGGUGGGUGCCGCCAACGCCGCCGUGGAGCAGAAUCCCAGUCCGGUGGCCGCCGCCGCGCCCGCCAAUCCCAGCGUUGCCGCCAACCAGGUGCGCAAGAACCACGCGUGCGAGGCAUGCGGCAAGGCCUUUCGCGACGUCUACCACCUGAACCGCCACCGACUGUCGCACUCGGACGAGAAGCCGUACUCGUGUCCAAUCUGCCAGCAGCGCUUCAAGAGGAAAGACCGCAUGAGCUACCACGUGCGCUCGCACCAGGGCGGCGUGGAGAAGCCCUACAUCUGCCCGCACUGCGCCAAGGCUUUCUCGCGGCCGGACCACCUCAACAGUCACGUACGCCAGGUGCACUCCACUGAGAGACCCUUCAAGUGCACGACGUGCACGUCGGCGUUUGCCACGCGGGACCGCUUGCGAGCGCAUCUAAUUCGCCACGAGGAAAAGGUGCCGUGUCACAUCUGCGGGAAGCUCUUGUCGGCAGCGUACAUCACGGACCACAUGCGGGUCCACAACCAAUCGCAGCACCACGCCUGCCACCUCUGCAACCGCAGCUUCACCACGCUGACGUACUUGCGGGUCCACGCGCAGAAGCACCACGGCCAGGAGUGGAAAGAGAGCGGCGGUGCCCGCGGGGGUUUUGGCGGCGCGGGGCCCGGCGGGGUGCUCCUGUGCCAGCUGUGUGGAGUGCAGUGUAAGACCACCACUCAGCUGCAGGGCCACAUGGGCACGCACGCCAACCAGGCCGAGACCGACCCCACCGGUCCCGUGGGCGAAGCCCCGCCCGCCGGGGGGGGCGGCGCCGGCGGCGUGGGGCUGCUUGUGACUGACUGCUCCAGCAUCAGCGCACAGACGCACAGCUAGCACACGCGGGGUGGCGUGUGAGGAAGGAACCCUUGAUGACAUCAUGAUGAUGUCCCAAUAAUGACAUCAUUACAAACGGUGGGGAAUUUGAAGUCUGAGUGCCAUGAGGCCGAGAUCGCUGCGACUGUGUCGGGAAUCAAUUUUACUCAUGCCAUACGCCAUAAUCACAACAUAAGGAUUUUUGUAUAGUGAACCUAGAUAGUUCCUAAAAUGGCCACUGAAAAUCGGGAAUGAUGAAUGAUUCCAAACGUGGGUGUUAAUCUUUCAUCAUUCUCGACUCCCUGAUAACGAUAUAAAUAUUUUUAGAUACUUCAGUCAACAGUAAAGCGCCAAGGCACUACAUCAGGCUGCUCAACUCACCUCAACAUAGUUCCUUAGCACCAAGGGGGCGUCAAAGCACUACAUGAAGCUCCUCAACUCACUUCAAGCCGGUUCCACUGAACCAAGAUAGUGCCGAAGCACGACACCAAGGUCCUCAACACUAUCACUAAAAGGAACUAUCUCGGUCCACUAUGUAAAAGUAGUUCGGUCAGUUUAGCUGAUUUGGAAAGUCCUAAACAUACAAGUGAAUGCAAAAACUGCAUGAUUCCCGACUCCCUAUUCACUACAAAGGAUUUCAAGAUGAAUUUGUGUCGUACAUUUCCUACGCUUUCUUGGUAAGGUGUACGUACUUGCUGCACAUUCUAACAGCACUACCAAGUGUCCAACUCACUAUAUAGGUCAGCCAGUUGUGUUGAAUAGUGUUAGCAGCAGCAUUUCCCAACACAUCCACAGACAUAUUGGCUUCAUCGCACUUGUCCAAGUGGGAUGGGGGCUGUUGAUGACAUCAUUACGUGACGGCAUUUGCCGUCAACGUGCAGCAAAGAAAACUGAGGCCAGGAAGAGAGUUAAAAUGACUCUUGAGACUUUGUAUAAAUUUCUGUUUUUAUCCAAAAAACAUUCCAUGAAUUCUCAUGUGUCAGUGUGACGGCACUGGGAUUGUUCAGUGAUGACGUCAGCGUGUGUGUGUUUUGCGUGCGUGCCUGCACUUUUUUUAUAUCAACGUUGAUUGUGCUCAAUGAUGAAUUUGACGUGUACUUUGUAGCUCUCUGCAGUGGUGCAAAAAUAUGGAAGUACAUCUGUGCCAUCCUACUUUCAAUUGGAAUUUCUCACACUGAAUUUAUUUACGUCUAUAUCAGGGAUGGGCAACUGGCAUGGGUCGACUGCAGUUUUAAAUUGUAAAAUUACCAUUCACCAGUAGAUGGCAGACAUGUGUUGGUUGCACUCACACCAGAUCUAAUAUCACCCUAUAUUGCAGGGGUAGGGAACUCCAACACACCUGAUUCAAUUGAUUAUGAUCGUCCCAAGCUUCUACAGAACUUGCUGAUGAGCUGAUCGUUUGAAUCGGGUGUGCUGAAGUAGAGCGUGAUCUAAAACAGGCAGGAUAUGGCUCCUGAGGAACCGGAGUUCCUUACCCCUACUAUAUUGCAACUUAAGUAGGCCUAAUAUU